AUGCUCUCCAUUGCACUUUUACUGAGUCUAGUGGGAAUCGCGCUGGGUUUCGACUCGUGCCAGCGUAUUGCGAUUGCGGUCUCGUCUGCGACAGACGUGUACUAUCCUGGAUCCUCAUCAUAUGUAGCAGACAACGAGCACUAUGCGAUAUCAAGCUCGCAGGCAUCGAAAUGUAGUGUGGAACCCGGAUCUGCUGAAGAUGUCGGCAUCGUCCUGGGAAUUUUAGGCGAGACGAAGACGGCAUUUGGCGUCAAAGGCGGCGGACAUGCUACGAACCCAGGGUUUUCUUCAACAAUUGGUGUCCAGAUCGCCAUGACGCGUUUCAAGGAAGUCACGUAUGACGCUGCGACCCAGACGGCGGUGAUUGGUGCAGGUAAUAUUUGGGACGAUGUCUAUGAGGUACUGGAUGCUCAGGGUGUCAAUGUUCUCGGGGGAAGGGUAAUAGGAAUUGGUGUGGCGGGUUUUACUCUUGGCGGCGGAUAUUCAUGGUUGAGCAACCAGUACGGCCUCGCUAUUGACAAUGUGGUCGCAUAUGAGUUGGUGGUGCCUAAUGGUACUGUGGUGACCGUAACAGAAGGGAACGAUCCAGAUCUGUUCUUUUCGCUGAAGGGUGGCUACAACAACUAUGGUAUCAUUACUCGAUUUACCCUGAAGACGUACCCGCAAGGUGCUGUUUGGGGUGGACUAUCCUCAUAUAAUGCAAGCUAUAUAUCCGCAUUUAAUGCAGCGACUGUCAAAUUCUGUUCAGAGGUUACUGAUCCCAAGGCUGGGAUGCUCAUAGUAUAUGGAUACAUCAGUGGUGAGGUACUUCACAUCGUAUACCUUGGCACCCAGAUAUUCUACGAUGGGCCUACCCCUCCAAAUGGUAUUUUUGACGAUUUCCUCGCCAUACCCGCCUUGGAACAGGACGUCACAACUCGUUCCUUCUUUGACCUCAUCAAUUCUACAUCUGCGUCCAUAAAUCUUUCGGCUGGAUAUAGGACUGUAUACAAUGAAAUACCCACGCUCAACUACUCCGAGGCUAACAUUGAAGGGAUCGUCGAUGAGGUCAACUUCUGGGGUCGCACCUUAUCUGCACACGGCGCAUUCGUGGUCAGCUACGCUCUCGAACCCUUCCUUCCUAGCCUUCUCGCUCACGCUUCCGCGGGGUCCUCUGCGUACCCGGGCUCGCGGAAGCAGGUCGUCCUUCCCACCAAUGUUAACUUGCAGUGGCCGUCGGAGAGCGAGGAUAGCGUGUUUCACGAUGCUGCGAGGAGGACGGCGCAGAAACUUGGUGUGAAGGGUGUACCAAUAUAUCCGAAUUAUGCUAUUUAUGGCACACCUGUGGUGGAUAUGUAUGGUGAGGAGGGGCUGGGGAGGAUGGAGGCUGCGAGGGAGAGGGUGGAUCCGGACGGUGUCAUGUUUUUGACGGGAGGGUUUAAAGUAUAGUAAGGGGAGAAAGGAGAGUUAUCGGAAAAUCAUACCGCCACAGAGAUGCUCGGG